AUGGACGACGACGCGGAUGACGACGAUGAUGGGUUCUGGGCGCGCGCUGGGAGCAUUGCGGACGCGUUGGUUUCGGAACGCGCGACGCGGCGGGCGGACGAGAGUCGGAACGGCGGACGCGCGACGGAGACUGGGACGAGGGUGGCGACGGUGCCGCCGAUGACGACGGGUGUGGUGGGAAGGACCGCGUCCGGCUCGAUGGAGACGGACGCGUCGGCGUUGAGGCAGAUGUUGGUGGAGCGAGACGCUCGGCUCGGGAUGUUGCGGUCCAAGCUGGACAUGGUGGAGCGGGAGAAUGAAAACUUGCGUCGAGAGACGAGCGGGCGAGGAACGGGGACGAGUGGGAACGUCAUCGUUGGUGGAGGGGCGCCGCAGACGCGUUACGGGGGUGAAUCUCCCAACAAAGGUGGGGUGUCAGCGGCGAGCGCCGUCGCGCGAGCCGAGGUGCAAGAUUUGAAGCAGCAGUUGACGACGCUUCGAUCGAAACUCGCGUUUAAGGAGGAAGAGGUGGCUGAGAUACGACGCGCUGAGGACGACGCGCGAGCGAAAUUGCGAGCGGCGAACGAGGAGCGGACGAGGCUCGCGGCCGAGGUCCGAGCGGAGCGCAGAGCGCGAGCCACCGCUGGACAGAAGAGACCGCCUAGCGGAGACGUCUCGGAGAGUCGCGAGGUACAAGGAGCGAGUAAGCGGCAGCGCACGGGUGGGGCGAGUGGUAUCACGGGUGGGGCGAGUACUCGCACACCCGGUGAGCUCGGCGUGGCGGAUGACGGUGACGGUGUGCGAUCGAUUCCAAAGCCUCGGACGCUCACGUUGACCCUGCCGAUGGCGCCACCGGACGUCGCAGCGACGCUUUAUCAGGGCGCAGUCGGCGGAUACGCCUUGACCGAUAGUGCGUUCGCUCGACUUAUGGGCGAGGUUCCGUCGGAAGUGAGCAGGUUCUUAGCCACCUCUAGCGAUUCAUCGGCUGUUAACGUGGAGCUGAUACAGCCCGUGCGAGAGGCACUGAUGCGUUUAGCGAAAAAUCCUGAUGCCACGCCCGCCCUCAUGCGAGCGCUGAUCGAGUCCAUAGUGAAAACGUCGAUGGUUAUAGCGUCGUCGUCGCAUUACGAGCACCUGACGUCCGUGCUGCGAGUUCUUUCCGCCUUGGCGAUGAUUGACGCUCGCAGUAUGAGCAUCGUGUUAGGCGCGUGCGGCGCGCGAAGCAAAAGGCUCGCGGUGACGAGUGUCACGGCCCACGGAGCUCCGCCGCCCUCGCUGGCGGGGAUUCCAGGCAUCGGUGGUGCGGGUAUGGGCACGCUAGUUCCGCAUCCCAGGGCUCAGAGCUCACGGAUAUUCGUGCCGGCGCCCAUGGUUCUGACCAAUCACGCAGCGGCAGCCACACCAAAACUGUCCAAGACUGCGAGGCGCUUUGCGGCGAGUCAAGACGGUGAUUCUCUAGAAGCUGCGCCAUUUCUCGAAACCUUGAUUCGUAUUUUGCACGAUGCAAAGUGUGAGGGUCAAUGGCAAGUCGUAGACGUCGUUUUGAUUGCGCUUAUACGAUUCGCGAGCGAUGUGGAAUGCGAACGAGGCGCAUUUGCCGCCGUAGCGCGCAAACGCUCAGGAUUUGGAUCAUGUUUGAAGCCAGUCGCCCCGAGUGGGACGAGGUUUUUAGCCCUGAUGCUUGUCAGAGCGCUCGCACCAACGCUCGAGUUUCAGGCGCUCCUCUGCGAGCCCCUCGAAGUUGAGCGAGGGUUGGAAAAACCGCCGUCUUCCGAACGAAGAAAGAACGCGACGCUUUUUGGUGCCAUCCUGAGUUGUCUAAGGAGCGAUUGCGUGGAGGAGAAUGGUUUGGGAUUCGAUAUCAAGCAUUCAUUCGUGUUGCCGAUGUCGGCUGAGCAGAGUGGUGUACUCCAGGAAGCGGCGCUUCGCGUCUUGCGUACACUCGCGUUCAUCGGCUGGCAACGCUUCGGCGCCGCCGCGCUAGACGCGAGAGCCCUGGACGUUCUCGCCGCCGUGGCCGUAGAGGAGUACGUCUCACCGCUGCCGAGCAAGGUGAGCGCCUCGAACGCCUCCCUACUGCACGCCAUUCGUCUCGUGAAGGCUCUCCUGGACGACCACUACGAGGAGCACAUGUCUUACCUCCGUCGCUCCUCGCGAGCCCAACGCGUGCUCGCUCGACUCGCCCACCUCGCCAGCGCCGCCGGCGGUCGAAGAGAGACCCACAUGGGUGACUGGCUCACGCGCAUUUUGUCCAAGACCCAAACCCGCGUCGACGCCCAUUAG